AGGGAACGAACCUUCCAAAUUCAUCACACUUCCCUUUCCGUUCUUUGCAUCAGCAGUCCUUUUCCUCGAAACAACAUGAAGUUCUCGGCAUCAGCAGCUUUGAUUUUACUGGCUUGCGUGGUCUACGUUUCCGGUUACGGGACCCAUCGACCAACGACUCAUCGUCCGACUUAUUACCCAACCCGUCCAACUUACCGCCCAACUCACCGCCCUACCCAUCGCCCCACUCACCGCCCCACCCAUCGCCCCACCUAUCGCCCGAUGAAGAAUCUCGGCAACUCCAAUGUCAACAUCAACAACAACGACAACAAAAACAGCAAUGUUAACAUCGCUUCGCUUUUAUCCGAACUGUUCGGUGGCCAGGAGGAUGAAUUUCCUUGCACUAUCGGCGACCUCUGUUACGAGAAAAAGAAUUUGAUCAAGUCGGGCGCUGCUGCCGUCGGCGCUAAAAAGGCCGAGGAACCAACUGAAAAGGUCGCGGAAAAAAGCGUUGUCCCAGCCGCCGCUCCUGCUGCCGAUGUCAACUUUGAUCAGUUCGCAAACUUCGCAGCAGAAUUCCAAGACGAUGACGUUAUAUUUGCGGUUCCUUCUGAAAUGGAUGAGGGUGACGAUGACUUUUUUGCUUAACUUUCUUGUGGAAGUGAUCGGAAUUCUUUUGCGGACAACUGAAAACUUUAAUUUUUAAAUAUUUGGUAAUUUCGGCAAUAUCCUAAUCCAUAAACUGUUACCCAACUGAUUUUCCAUGUCAAUCCUACAACCUUUAUGUGGGAACGAUUUGUUUAUACAGUUACUUAACUCAAGAAAAAGAAUACACACAAAUUAUGAAACUA